AACCCGCUGACGUCAUAACGGAACCUUGCCAAACGGGACUCUCUCGAGCCGAAUGUCGGACGGUUGUCGCGCACCUCACAACUCAAGAUGACACCGGGAACGUUUACGUCGACGUUACUUCACCUUCUCAUCCUCACCUGUUGCGUCACGUCAGGGUUUGGUCAGACGCCAGUUGCAGUUCGCGGGGCGGACGGUGGCGUCGCUUCUCUGCAGUGCGACCAUGACGCGCGUCCCGGGGAGAUCAGGGCCAUCAAGUGGACCAAAGGACGGGAAAUCAUCUACUUCAUGGCGCUGGACGGCGUAGUGACACCCCCGGGCCCGGACUACGCAGGCCGGGUCACCAUAAUAGACCAGAUUAACCUGAGAAUAGAGAGGCUAACGUUGGACGACAUAGGAGAAUACACGUGUACUGUGACGGUUGGAAACUCGGAGGGGCUGGCUAUAGUGGACCUCGAUGUCCUAGUCCUCCCCAGCAGACCGGUACUGACGGCCUACCUGAACGGCGCGGCGGUAAACCUGGGCACGACGUCCCUCCCGCUGCAGGCCGAGCUGGUGCUGGAGUGCACGUCCACUGGCGGGAAACCGCCCGCCGAGCUGGCCUGGUACCGCGACGACGUGCGGGUCGACAGCAGUUUGUACACUUACAACAGCACCGCGGAUCCAGACACUAAUAUAGGUGACGCGGUGUCCAGGUUGACCCGCCUUGUGUCGCUAGACGACCACCUGGCGAAGUACGAGUGCGAGUCAUCAGGUCCCAUCCCGCCACUGGAGACACAGAGGAGCGUGGGCGUGCUCAUCAGGCUCAGCAUUUACGACACCACCCUCCCUCCGCCGACUACGCGCAGGCCAACUACAGAAGCCAUACCGAAUGUCAUCGGCCCACAAGAGGCUCCAGAGUCGAGAUUGGGAACGCCAAGCAUCAUCGGAAUCAUAGUGGGCGUCAUCGCAGCAGUAGCGCUUAUAGCGGCCAUCAUUGUCAUUCUGGUACAGAACAGGAAACGUCAGAACAAGAACCACACCUACACCGUCAACCCUGACAAACCAGCUCAAGAUGGCGAGCUGGGCAGGGAGCCUGAUGGUUACAGGAACGCCACCUUCGACCACGCAGCGCCCCCUACCGGUACUGCACCUCCGCCCUACACGGACGACCUCAGGAGAAGCCAUCUUUGGGGGUCAGAGGACGAGCUGUCAAUCAACCAGUUCUGCCAGCCCGACACGUCAUCCAUUCUCCAGUUCCCAGCUGAUUUCUACCAGGACCAGUUACCCAAGAUCCCCCACCCGGAGGAAACCGACAUCUAGCGACUUUCACCAGAAUUGCACCCUCCCCUUGGAAUGUUUGAAAAAAUACCCCCGUUGAAAAAAUUGACAUUUGUGUUACAUUUGUCUUAAGUAUACCUUCUCAUUAUACAGUUCCCAGUUGAUUUCUACCAGGACCAGUUACCCAAGAUCCCUCACCUAGAGGAAACCGACAUCUAGCGACUUUUACUAGAAUUGCACCCCCUUGGCACUGAGUAAGGAGACUCUCUUUACACAACCAAGUCUUUUUAUUCAGCCGAUGUUUCGGUGACCGUCUGUCACCUUCCUCAGGGCAAUUCUGACUGGUU